UGUGCCUGGCGAUACGAGUACACCGCCCUAACCACAGAUAGCGAGACUAUGUUGCGACCCGCUGUCAGCACCCUAUCGGGAAGGAGUGUUGCUGCUGCCGUUUCCCGACGCUCGUUUCCUGGAGUAUGCGCUGCUGGUGAUCGGUUAGAGAGGAGUAGGACCGCGGGGAGUGGAGGGGUUGUUGGCUGCAGACGCGGGAUGAUGAUGGCAGCCAAGCCAGGCAAGAUCAAGAAGGAGCGGUCGGGGAAGGCCCUGGACAAGAAGACCAUGACUCUCCUGAAGCUGCUUGAUGCACGACCUGAGCCAAUGCCGGAACUCUCGGCGGAAGAAAAGCAGCGAAAUUUCGACAUCGGGCGGCGAUACAAUAGCAAGAUGGCCACGAGCCACAACGAGAGGAUGGCUGACCUGACAACCAAGAUCAAGCUGAGGGACGACGCGAUCGCGCACCUGCCGGAGCUACUGCAGCACGCGGCGAGACAGCCGGACAGGAACCCGCCGCCGCUGAACCGGAGGGUGGCCACCUACACCCCGCCCAUCCCCGGGUUCGACAAGAAGGACUACGGCCUCUCGGACGACGAGGACGCGGAUGCGCAGCUGAAUCGCUUCCGGGAUGGUUACUGAGUGGUUUGGCCUUUUUUGUUCAUUUAUGUCCCUCCGUGUACUGUAGUCGCUGCUUGCUUUUUGGGUGGAGAGAAGUCUACAGCAGUAGUCGCUCGGAUUGGCUUUGGCUCGGCGCAGCCACGGGAUGGAUUCCCACCACAGAUGAGCCAAAGAGCGUCCACCCUGGAGGGAAAUGAUGCGGAAUUAGAGGCACACGUGGGACCGGCUCUCAGGGAGGAGCAUCGCAUUUUGCAGGCGCUUCGGGAACGGUGCGGCAUUGCUUGCAAGAGAGCGUUAUCCGCUCUCCUGGGAUUAGAAGAAACGGGAUCGCUUUUCUAAGCCGGGGGUUCGUCGCCCGCUGCAAGUGUCUUGAGUUGUGCUGCCUUGUUGCUGUUGUGGGACGACGUUGUGUUCGGAC